UACUAUUCUAUAUUCUGAUGGUACACCUGCGAAGGAAAAUAGGCGUGAAAAUGCUCCACUUUCUAGGGCCAUUACUGUUGCUGGCCAUGGUUCGCCCGUCGCAGCAGUUCAACGACGUUUUCGACGAAGAACUCCUGAUCAAGCCACUCCCCGAUGGAUUCGUGUACAGCUACUUCCAGUUCACUACUCGCUGGGAGUUGACUCAGAAUGAUAGUCUUUUGCACACCCACCUGGUAUCGCGUUCCCUGGUCGAGCUGUUCCAUCACUACGGCGUGAGCGAACUGCAUUUGGCUUUCACCAGCGGCAUUUGGCGCUACGAAAAUUGGGGCUUCCCGGUGGUGGAUGCCGGACCAGGUGCCGAGGUUUGGGCAUGGUUCGAACCACCGGCCAACGACGAUGAAGUGGAUCACAAGUGGAAGCAACUAUGUGGAACGCUAUCUGGAUUGUUUUGCGCUUCGUUGAGUUUCGUGGACAAAACGAACACCUUCCGGCCGGAGUAUUCGCUGAGACCGACGACGCAUCGAUUUGAAGGGAUGGGGGAACCAAAGGUUCGUUAUGCGGCACUGCCUCGGGAGAUCGUGUGUACGGAGAAUUUGACCCCGUGGAAAAAGCUGCUGCCGUGUAAGCUGAGGGAAGGAUUGGUUUCGUUGCUGACGCCGGACCAUGUGUAUUCAGGGAACUAUCAUUCAUUGGCGGUUCAUAUGCGGAAGCUUUGCGCGGAUGCAGAAUGUGAACAGUUUCAGCUCGAGGUGCGUCAGAGCGUAAGCUUGGUGCAGGAUCAGCGGCUGUUUGGUGGGAAGGAUUGGUCCAUUCGGAAGCUUUUCGGACAGGGAAUGGAAGGGGCAUGCGUUUUGGCCAGCAGCAGUAAGGUUUAUGUAGAUGUCACUGAUAAAGACUACGAUAUGACUCAGAAGCCGACGAAUGUUAUUCACUCCAUUCGAGGGGGAGCUAAUUCGGUACUCUAUGAGUAUGACGUCAAGGAGUUUGAGAGGAAGCAGCGUAUGUUCAACGUCGCUGCAGUGGAUAAGAAGGACACGAAUGUAGUUGCACUAACUCCGCUGCCACCGAUCUACUCGAAAAGGUUCAUCUCCGGUGUUGGCCAGGAGCGGGGACGAAUUGUCACAAGAAUAACCAACACCCAUUGGGCGGAUUUGAAUUUGAUAAUAUUCGAAAACAUUCCCUGGUUCGUGCCGAUUUAUCUGCAUACCCUACGGAUCAACCGUGGAGAGCAGAGAAUUGAACCGCGCACCGUAAAGUACAUUCCAGGUCGACAGCGAGAGCGACCGUCGCAUUUGGAGAUUGCGCUGACCAUUCCUACCCGUUCGACCAUCGAACUGUCGAUCGAUUUUGAUUACAUCUUUCUCAAGUGGCAAGAGUACCCACCGGAUGCCAGCCACGGUCACUAUCUGCAACCGUCGAUCAUCUCGGUGCUGCUACCGGUGGCCCGUAACUACACGUCCCUGCCGCGAGAGGCUUCCCUGUUUCGGGAUUCUUUCAACGCCACCCAACCCAACGGAUACUUUCUGCAGCUGAGAACGGAAGCGCUGCUGCUGACCCUGCCGAUUCCGGACUUCAGCAUGCCGUACAAUGUGAUAUGUUUGGCCUGUACGGUGGUGGCAUUGGCUUUCGGACCGAUUCACAACAUCUCCACCAAGCGGAUCGUGGCCAAGAGCAAGGAACCUGCCAAGCCAAAACUGAUGGACAAAAUCAAAGGAUGGUUCGGUCGAGGGCGCAAGAAGGACGAGGCGGAAAAGGAGAAGACUGAGACUGCUGAGGAUAAGGCAGAAGAUACCAAAUAGUGCGAGUGAAGGCGCGACAUUUGAGCCAUUCUAAGUCAUUAAAUAAACUUGGAU